GCGAAUAACAUCAGGCCAAUUCAAUCAAGGUCAACACAUCACAACAGCCCGCGAGCCCGGCUACAGCCAAAUCGCUCAAAAAACGCAUUUCCGCCGGAAUGAUAAUGACAUCUUCAACGACUGACGACGCUGAUGACUGCGACCGGGCCGGAGCCGCGGCCCCGGCGCCCCUACCUCUGCCUCGUCCUCCUCUAGAUCUUCUUUUCCUUGUAUUUGUAUGGCCUCGUGAUCUUGGCGUCGACAGUUUUCGGGACUGUUGGCUGCUUAGUGUGUCCACAAGCUCGGUCUGUGACAGCGUGCGCCGUACGCUUGGGUUGAGCCGCCGGGUCGUCUGUGGGUUUUGGCGAGGCUGCCGGGGGGUCUGUUGGCUUUGGGUCUGUUGCUGGAGACUCGAGGUCACACUGGCUUGUAGAUGUGAGGGUAUCAUGAGCUUCCUAUUUAUAGGUAUUCGAGGUCGGCCGCGGAGGUUAGCGACAACGUCAGGGUCGCGGAUCAGCAGGAGUGGCUCUUCGAGGUCCUAGAGGUAGAAAUUAGCAGAUUUCUUAUAUAAAGAGCUGUGAUUCCUACCAGAGGUUUAUUGAGCCACCAGCGGGGCAGG